AUGAAUAACACAGAAACAUCUCUUGAGGAUCAUGACAAUGGCACGCACUCUUCAGCUAAGCGCGCUUUUGUUCAAAGCGACAUCACAACAGGAAUUGUAGUAAACGCCUUUUUGAUGUUCCUCAUCGUGGGUGGAAAUUUUCUCGUGAUCGCAGCUUACGCAAGCAACCGUCGACUUCGCAUCGGAACGUAUUCACUUUUGGUGAGCUUAGCGUUUUCAGAUUUGCUUGUGGGUGGUGUUUCAGUUCCCAUAAGGAUAUACGGUACCGCCAAAGGCUGGGACGUUCCGGCGCAUAUAUCAAUUAUCUACACCGCUAUCGACAUCUUUAGUGCUAUAGCCUCAAAUCUUCACCUUAUGGCUAUAUCAUUUGAGCGUUUCAUCGCGGUGUCAAGACCGUUUUAUUAUCAGACGCUUUCUGUCCGACCGUACGCUUUUGGCUCCGCCGUGUCAUGGGGCUUGGCAGUGUUAGUAGCCGCUCUCCAUCCAGGAAAUUAUCUCCAAGAUGGACCGCUGAAACUUAAAUUCUCCAAUGCUUAUUCUGUUACUCUAUUUGCCGUGUGCUUUUUAGCGCCUCUGGUGGUCAUCAGUAUUGUAAAUAUUGGGAUAUUUCGCGUAGCGAAGAUUUUAAUCCAGCGCGUCCCGGAACACGGAAGCGGCAAUCGGCUGAAGAGAGAACGUAAAACGGCAUUCACCCUUCUGCUAAUGACAAGUCUUUUCUUUAUCGCUUGGUUUCCUUUUUUCGUCGUGAAUAUGCUGUACCUGUACUGUCUUCCAUGCCUUCCGUCUACACUGGAGUCCCAGUUUUUCAUGGUUGAUAUCCUGAAGUGGUUGCAAUAUUCAAACAGCGCAGUCAAUCCGAUAAUUUAUGCCUUUCGGGACACCGAGAUGCGGAGAUCAUUUGCCCGCCUUCUUGGUCCUUUUGGAAGACUUUGUAGAAUUAAUCAAGUAGCGCCAGAACUUCACUCUCAAUUUUCCUUGGAAACGAGGACACGGAAG